UCGAGGUUGGCUGCGCGCCUCGCUAGGUCGCUGAGUUAGUUUUUUGCUAAUGAAAUGGUUGGCGACCACCUUCUUGCAAGCGAUGCUAAUUCUGAAAGAACUUCAAAAUUCCAAAGGAAUCAUUUCAUUCUUGUAUAUCUGGCUACCGAGACAUUACUGCAACAGUCGUUACAAAAACUGGUCCCCGGCUACAUGGUAACUGAAAGAAUGUCAAGUCUAAAGGAGUGCGAAGAAGUAUCUUCAAGUGUCAGACUGCGAAGGAUAAUGGUUAUACGUUUUGAAAAGUUCUAUAUGGAUCAGAUUUUCGAAGUUUCGAUGACAUUCCAAGUAGCUGCCAAGCUUCGGGUCUUGAUUUCGUUUAAAAAAACAAUUCAUAGUUAUUUCGUAAGGUAUUCAGUUAUUUUUCAUGUGGAACUUUUUUUAUGGGGUUCCUAUCCACCGCAUAAAAAAAAUUCUUUUUAAUUGUGCUGCGAAAACUAUUGCUUAUAGUUAUUUGUGAAAUUUUGUGCAAUUUUUUAGGCGGUCUUUAU